AUGUUGUCGCGAAGAAAGAGAAGUAUCACGGGCAACAAGAUUUCCAAAUUCGCUGAGGUAAACAUCAAACCCAGCAAAGCACGACGGAUCAUUCGACGGUACCAUUUCCUAAACAAUAAGAAAAGAAUAAUAUGCAAUCGACUUGGUAUAGAUACCGAUCAUCCGGACGAUGAACCACAACAGAAAAGAACCGGAACUUUUGACUCCACAGAUAUGGAAAAACUGCUCCUAAAGGUCCAGGACAAGAACUUGUCACGAGAGCAACUGCAUCGAUGUCUUCAGUACAUCGAAGCAGAGAUCACGAACCAAGGCGGCCUAGAAGAAUACCAACGCGCCAGUCGAAUUGGUCAGUCCAACGCCAGAGGUGGAGACUCUUCCAAACUGCUAGUCUCAUGGUUAAGGGAACUCAAAUACAAUCGCGGGAAACCGAUGACGGCGUUGGAAAUCGGCUCUCUGGACUCCGAAAACUGCAUUUCCACCUGCGGAAUUUUCAACCCAGUAACGAGAAUAGACCUGAACGAGAGUAACAACUCGCGUGGGAUCCUGCGACAAGACUUCAUGGAGCGUCCCAUACCGAGCAACGACGACUCCCGGUUCCAUCUGGUCUCCUGCUCGUUGGUCUUGAACUUUGUACCGACUCCGGUGCUGAGAGGCCAAAUGCUGAAAAGAUUUCAUCAAUUCUUGAAAGGUCCCAAACUACUGUUUCUAGUUCUGCCGCUACCGUGCAUCAACAACUCCCGCUAUAUGGAUCAAACCUACCUUGUCAAAAUGAUGGCCCAUCUGGGAUACCACCUUCUCAAACACCAUGAAUCGAAAAAGCUAUACUAUUCCCUCUUCACUCUACAACGCCAACCUAGCCCUGAUGACAAGGACAUCACUUUCGCGACGAAGAAAAUACUACAUGAUGGUCCAAAGAUGAAUAACUUCUGUAUAGUCCUGUAA